AUAUCAAGGUGGGGGCCACGAAAUAUCGUCACGAGGGCCGCAAUUUGAGCCCCCUGCUCUAGAUGUUCUAUACCAGGAUCUGGUUUUUUCCUCCCAUUUCUCCAUAGUUAUCUCUCCCUGUAUAUCUUCCUCCCAUGCUCUCUUGAGACCUUCAAGUUUUGGUGGGUGGGAUUGUCUCAUAAGACUGUAAAAUUUUGAAUUUCCAUCACUUUCAAGGUGCGGAUUGACUUUGAUAUUUGUGGCAGAGGAACAUACAUUUUCAUUAGUUUCAUUAUUCUUCAUUAGCUGAAUUUUCAUUUGAUGUCUUUAUACUUCUACUACUCUGAAUUUUAGGGAGAAUAUUUUCAGUUUAAUUAACUACAUUUAUUUAACGGUUUGAUUAACAUAAUAGAGCAGUAUUUUACAUACUGUUAAAAUAAUUGAUUAUUUUCUAUAUUGGUAAAUGAUUUUAUGCUUGAUUUCUGCUUCCCUGUUGUCUGAGUCUGUGUCUGUCUCUGUUGUCUGACUCUGUGUCUGUCUCUGUGCGUGACUAUCAGGUCAGCCUUGGUAAAUAUCUCUAUGCAUUUAUAUUUAUCAGGCAAUAUGAUUUUGAUACAAUGAUUAUGUUUGUGUGUUAAUGUUAUAACAUAUAUUUCAUUGUCUGUUUCAUAUUUUUUAGACUUUUAGAAUCCAUGUUAGACAGUGAAAAUCCUUUGACUCUGUAAGACAUACUAUCUUUUGUUAUGACAAAGUGCCAUGCGUAUGCCUUUUCACAUAACUCUCUGAACAUUUUCACAUGACUUUAUAUCUCUUUCAAUUAAUUUUAUAUCAUUUUCAUGCGAACACAAUCCGCCCUUUUCAUCCUGUAAGAUAACAUGUCACAGUUGCUUCUUCUUGUUCUUGCGUAGGAUGCCUGCUAUCUCAAGUCCUCAAGGUCGUAAGGCUGUACCUCCUUAACCAAUACACACACACUCAUUGUAACUCUAUAAAAACUGUUAGCUCUCUUUGUCUGCAGAUUCACUCUGUGCAGACCUUUUUGACUGUACCUUGUGCUCUCCUAAUUGCAAUUAGAAUAAACCUUUUUUGCUUAUACUCCAACGACUCAGUGAUCUUUCCUCCUUAUAACGAUUUUUGCCACUACAACUUGGUGUCAGAAGUGGGAUCGCCCGAGAGUCCGUCGGGAUCGUCGGGACGUCGGGGGUGGCCACCUGAUCUUCAGGAUCAUCCUCUAACUUCCAGUCAAAAUUCAGAGAAGGGAGGACCGAUGUCCUGGGGUCGACUGGCUGGCUCCGGCGCGAUCCCCAACCGAACCUACACUCUCCUGAUUUUGGUGAGAUGUUGAAUUUCCAUUUUCUAAAAAUUGUAUGAUUACUAAUUCUGAUCAUUUUGGCAGUAAUGAUGAAUUGAAUGACAUUGGUAACGUAGUAUUUCUGAGUCUUUGGAGUAAAGCAUUUAGAAUUGGUCUGGUGUACUUCCCGUUCACUAAAACAAUUUACUGCAGUCUAAGAUUUACUCCUACUGAGACCAGGUUGAAAUCCUGUGAAGUAGCCAGGUGUGUUUUAUAUUAAGACCAGGUUAAAAUCCUGUGAGAUAUAAGGUUAUAUUACGACCAGGUUAAAGUCCUGUGAGAUGUAAGGUUAUAUUAAGACCAGGUUAAAAUCCUGUGAGAUAUAAAGUUAUAUUAAGACCAGGUUAAAGUCCUGUGAGAUAUAAAGUUAUAUUAAGACCAGGUUAAAGUCCUGUGAGAUAUAACAAAAGCAGUUUGAAAAAUAAAAUAAAUACUAAAUAAAUAAAUUGAAAUAAAUAAAAUAACGGAAACUGAAUAAAAUAAAUAAAUUGAAUUAAAUUAAAUACCAGAAACUGAAUAAAAUAAAUAAAUUGAAUUAAAUUAAAUAACAGAAACUGAAUAAAAUUAAAUAAAUUGAAUUAAAUUGAAUGAGUAAACAAUGGGUUCCCGAGGCAGUAAAGCUGAACAAUGUGAUCCAAACAGUCCGAUAAUACAACAAAUGAAAAAGAAAUAUGGCCCUGAAUGUUGUGAAUGCUUGCCAUAUUGGAUAAAAAAAUACAGGUUCCCCAAAGGGGGAUCCCUGAGCAAAAAUCAGUUGGAACAAUUACGAACAAAUUUACAGACAGCAAAAGAUGAGUUGAUGAAAAAAGGCAAAGUUAAAACUGAAAAAAUCAAAGAACUUGAGAAACAUGUGGAAUGUCUGAAUGUGUGGGAGGAUGAAUGUGAGCACAGGGAAAGAAAGCAGGGCUUUAAAACCAUGACACUGUUAAAAGCUGAAGAGGGAUCACAAACAGAUAAAGUUGCAAAAUCAAAGAUUAAAUCCAAGUCUUCUCUGUAUCCUUCUCUAACAGGUCAUGGUGGCGGGCCUCUGAGCAGCGACACUCUCCUCGAUCUGCCCCCCCCCCCUACAACCCGCCUGCUGACGCCGCCUCCCCUCAAAGACAGCCUCCUCCAACCCCUCCAGUGACAUCACCACCAACCAGCAGUGCCCCCAGCAGCGCCAGAGACCCACAAUCACCACAGCUGCCUCUGACUUUGACUCCACACCCAGGCCCAAGGCUAGCUCUGUGGGACCCCAACAACCCACUCCCACAGCCUGCCUUCUCCCCAAUCGCUGACCACAUUAGGUCCCACGACAGGAAGGAUGACACCGGCAGGGGAGGAGAAACGUUCACACUCCCAAUGGUCCAAGUGAUGGGACAUGAAGGCGCAGCUGGUUAUGUCUACCGCCCGUGGACUGUAGCCGACCUGCUCCAAGCAGCUGAACACCUCCCUAAAGCCACACAGGGAGGUCAAGUCCUCGGUGACGCAGUGAUGGCCUUUAUCAGAGACUUUACACCAACUUCCAGUGAAAUGGGCCGCGUUAUGAUGAGGAAGCUGUCCGGAGCAGACUUUGCUAAGAUCAGACGACACUUCACUGACCACGUCCAGCCCUCCACCAUUGACUGGCAGACUGCUGCUGAUGGUGAUGGCAGAAAUGCACAGGAUGUCGCAUACAGACGAUGGAUGGAAGGCCUCGUUACAAGCAUCAAAGAAGCUUUCCCUCUUCACAGCGAUCUCUCCAAGGUCAACGCCUGCACCCAGAAAGCUGAUGAGACCCCUGAAGACUAUGUCCACUGCCUGCAACAAGUGUUUGAUGACCACAGUGGCAUCCCUAAACCACGUAACUUCCCAGGGGACCAGAUGUCAGCAUAUGAGAGCCUCCUGAAGCAGCAGUUCCUGAAUGGACUCUCAACUGAUGUCUGCCUGGCUGUGAAAGAUUCCUGCAUUGGUCAUAAUGAGUCCUCUGUCCGACUGGCCGAUGUGGUAAGACAUGCUAACCAUGCCUGCAAGAAAAGACUGAAGCUGAGAAGAAGACAAGGAAAGAUACUGCCCAUCGAGCCCAGCUGCAGCUUCUCCACCAGCAGACCCAGCAACCACAACGUGGACGUGGCCACUACGACCCCAACAUCUGCUUUAACUGUGGUGGGACUGGACAUUGGGCUAGAGACUGUCCCUAUCCCAAAGCCAACCGUGGGCGCGGACGCGGAGGACAUGGGGGACCGCCUGGAGGCGACGGUGGACACCUCAGCCAGACACAGGCCUCAGACUGACCGUCCGGGGGAAAGGUGGAGGGGGAGGUGCCCGCUGACCAGACGCCCAGCCAACCUGCCCCACAAAAGGGAAGUGAAAACACACACACGUGCACGCUUACACGGCAGCAACAACACAAGAUAUUGACAGAUGCUAUCACUCAUUUAGAAAGGAAAAUACAAACACAGCCUGUUGGUACAUAUGUACAUCUUACUGAUGAAAGUGUGCAAAAAUGACCUACUAUGACUUUAGAAGUCCAAGGCCAAAAUGUUGAUUUCAUUGUUGACUCAGGUGCUACUCACUCUGUUUUAAAACAAUCUGUGUUUCCACACAUAAGGUAUAGUGGCAGAAACAUAAUUUCCAUUGGUGCAUGUGGUAACAGGAUCAGAGAACAGUUCACCAUUCCCAUUUCAUGUGUACAUCCUGUACCUUUAACCAAAAUUAAACACUCUUUUCUCUUCUCUGCUGUCUGUCCUUUCAAUCUGAUGGGACGAGACCUGAUGAUGACUCUGGGAGUGGACCUCAUCUUGACACCAGAUGGCGUUAAAGCCGUGCAGAGAGGCUCCUCCACCUCCCCCCUGCAAAGUGACCCCAUGGUAACGUACCAAUUAGCCAGUUGGCUACCUGAAAACCUGCUCUAUGUGUACCAAUGGAAAAUCCCUAUUGAUGUAGCACAGCCACUGACAGCACGUGCACGUGCACUGGUUAACCCGGCUUCGCAGUUUUUGCAAGCUGAGGCUCUCCAUGGCACGUCACACGUGGCUCAUGACCUCGACUUUGAACACGUUUUCUUUGCUGACAUCAAUGACAACCUCAUGACUGACACCCUCUACUGGUCGCAGACGAGAUGUGCACUCUCAGUGACGUUGACUGACGAACAGUUACCCUUUUACCAUGUACCAGGUUCACAUCCACAUAUUUCACUCUCCAAACCAAAUUCUGAUCAAUGGAGAGACUUGGGCCCAUGGGUAAAUUUUUGCGCGACUUUUUCCGAUUGGGCACGAACUCCUGACCCUGCUGUGAUGUAUUCAUCAAAAGGGGGGGUUUACAAAUAAUUUUGCAAACUCAGUUUCCCCUGCCUCAGAUCAGUGCAUGUACUGAUUGAUGCAGACAGGGUGGAAGGGGAAACUGCUGUGUUACUGUCUGCUACUGAGGUUCACCCUGCCUUAAAGGAAGUCUCUGACUCCUUAUGAGCGAAUGGCAAAUAUGAUGUAGGCCUGAUUAAAAACUGCAAACCUGUUGUUGUUACACCUAAAUCUGAUUACAGGCCCUUUGGAAGCAUAGGGGCUUCCUGAAGAGUGAUGGAGAGCCCAUCCUACAUCACUCUCUCAUUGCUGACCUCCUAGAAGCUGUUUUGUGUGUUGCUGUGUGUAAAUGUGCUGCUCACACUAACUCCUUUGACCCUGGUUCCACAGGAAAUGCACGAGCAGGCUGCGUCUCUUCUUCUGCUCCCCCAGCAGGCACACACACACACACUCUCUCAGUUCCCUCUCUGUCCCCGACUCACUCUCUGCAGUACAGACUCUAGCCUCUCCUUCUGACGAGAAGCAGUGGCAGUCUGUUUCCCCAUUAUGUUGACACAUGGUCUUGACCAUGCGUCAAAAGGGGGGAUGCAGGUUAUGAUUGAUCAACAUUGGUUCACUAAAGGUUUUUCAACCUAUGCUCAAAAACAUUGCCAAGCCUGUGUCAUUUGUGCCUACCACCUGGCCAGUGGUGGCGCUGUUGGGCGUGAGAACGGGACAUUGAAGAAGAAAUUGGCCAAAUGUUGUGAAGACACAGGCCUCAAAUGGACACAAGCACUCCCUCUAGUUCUUGUGUACAUGAGGAUGCGCAAGCGACCUAAUGCUAACCUCAGCCCUUAUGAGAUUCUUUUUGCAGCUCCUCCCUUUGUAGGUGUGGACGCCCCAAAGUUUCCAGCUCCAUCUACCACUGUGUGAAGAUGCUAUGCUAAUGUAUUGUGCUAACCUAACCAAACACCUUGCAGACAUUAGGAGACAGGUGACUGCUGCCCUUCCAACUCCAGCCACCAGUCCUAUCCAUCAGCUCCACCCUGGUGAUUAUGUGGUGGUGAAAGACUUCAGGCGAAAGUCCUGGAAGAAUAAGAGGUGGCAGGGCCCAUUCCAGGUCCUGCUGCCAACCCAUACGGCCGUGAAAGUCGUUGAGAGGGCCACCUGGAUCCACGCAAGCCUCCAACUUUAAGGUCCCGCCUCCUCCGGACCCUCUGCAAGCCAAGGUUGAGGCGUGCCAAGCCUCCAACUUUAGGGUGAGGUGAAAUAGCGCUCCCCUGCGACAAGAUCAGCCAGAGGUGUAACAAGCGCUCUGACUGCAACACGUGGUGCCAAGCCACUAGUCUAGGCUCUGUCUCUCCCCCCUCUCUCUUCUGUCCACAGAUUUACACACCAACACACUGGACUCUGACACACAGUGUUGAGAGUGUUGUGACUAGCAGGUUGGUUUAGCAACCUGUGACAUCACAAGUGCCAGUCCCAGGCAUACGCAGUUACACUGCUCUCACACCCCACCAUAGUUUCCUUUUGCGACACCUACGGCGUAGGACAGGUGACACAUUUUUUCUUGUUGUCUUGACUUUCUCUUUAGGUUUUGUUUUAAUUUGUCUUUCGUUUAUUGCUUUCUUCCUGAUUCUCAAAGCCCUUAACCUUUAGGCUAUGGAGCGCCACCACCCCUGGCAUCCCUUUCGUGCCCCUGGCCUUUGUGGCCUCCGUGGUACCCUCUGUUGCUUUGCCUGCUCGCUGUCCUUAUAGUGUUCCCCCUACUCUAUUUCCUACACCUUCCUUCCCCACCUUACGCUAACUCCUCCCUCUCCCUUAACCACUCCUCCUCCUGCUCCCCACCUCCGUGUACGUCCAAUUCUGACCUCUUCCGACUCUAACGUUACCUCUCUUGCCUGGCUCACACAGGGCUGCCUGUUAGGACUUUCUUCUGAUGGCUCCAAUUCUUCCUGUUUGUUACUUGUGUUGUCCCCCUGCUUAAAGGCUUUGUUUCCUCCAUGUUCACUACUCAGCUCCUUAGGAAUGAACUCAUUCCCUUGCCUGACCCCACCCCACUUCCUCCUGCUUUCCAGUCUGCCCUUGCCUCUGAUGACACUUUCUCUGAAUCCUCUUUUGACUCUGACUCUGAUGUUAAUGACGAUGCUGAUAUGUAGGUUGACUUUAUGACCCACUGUGCUUUGUUCAUGACACGAGAAGACUGUCCUCCUUCUUAAAAAAAAAACAACAAAAGGGGGAAAUGUUAUGACAAAGUGCCAUGCGUAUGCCUUUUCACAUAACUCUCUGAACAUUUUCACAUGACUUUAUAUCUCUUUCAAUUAAUUUUAUAUCAUUUUCAUGCGAACACAAUCCGCCCUUUUCAUCCUGUAAGAUAACAUGUCACAGUUGCUUCUUCUUGUUCUUGCGUAGGAUGCCUGCUAUCUCAAGUCCUCAAGGUCGUAAGGCUGUACCUCCUUAACCAAUACACACACACUCAUUGUAACUCUAUAAAAACUGUUAGCUCUCUUUGUCUGCAGAUUCACUCUGUGCAGACCUUUUUGACUGUACCUUGUGCUCUCCUAAUUGCAAUUAGAAUAAACCUUUUUUGCUUAUA